AUGGGAGAAAUGGAGAAGGACUUGCAGACAGAUCCUCCGUGCCACCCUCGGGCAUGUGCCAUCCAGAACUGCAUACAGAGGAACAACUACAACGAAGAAAAGUGUACGAAAGAGAUUGACGCCUUGUACGAGUGCUGCAACGCCUUUUACGAGCGCCAGGGGGACAAGGCAAGCACCGUGAGCUGUCCAAAGUACUCGUUGCUCAAGUAG